AUGUCGAAGUCGCCGAGCGAGGCGCCGUCCUUUCGCGAUGUCUUGGAUCAGGUGCGCGCUGAGGCCUUGGAGGGGGGCUUGCAGCUGCCGCCUCGCGUCGAAGAGGACGGCGAGGAUGCGGCCGCCAGGUGCCGUGAGGCCUUGCUCCUCCUUUCGAACUUCUGCGAACAGAGCGUGGAGGAGCCCAACCAGGUGGAGAAGCAGCGGCACUUAGCUCUGCUCCUGACGGCCAAACUCCUGGAGUCCUGCGAGUCCGCGGAGUUGUCGAGCAAGCCCUUCAUCGCGGCCGUUCGCCGCUUCUUCUCCGUCUCUUUGACUCGAAACAGCCUGUCUUCGGGGUUGAAGAUGACGAAGUUGGCGCUGCGACUGGUCGUCCUGGUUUCCAAGCUCUUCGGGGAGUCUCUUAGCUACGAGCUUGGCGUCUUCCUGGAUCAAAUCGUCCUGCCAGUCCUUGUGAGCGGAAACUCCAGCUACGCGCAGAAGCACUGGAUGCUGCAGGUCUCGCAGACCCUGUUUGGGGAAGCCGCCUCGGCGGUCCUCGCGGUGUUCCUCAUUUUCGAUUGCGACUUGCAGAAGCGGAACGUCUUGGAACGCAUGAUCGAGUCCUUGUCCAGGAUCGCCACGGGAAAGUACACCUCCAGCGAGCAUGCCAGCGUCAUCCAACCAGAGCAGGAACAUCGCUUGAGGAUCUUGGCCCUUGGCGCACUCUUGACUCUGGUGAAGUCGCUGGAAGUCAAAGCGCAAGGACACGUGACUCCGCCACGAGGCAGCUCCGACACUGGCUUGGGAGCUUCGUGGCAGGAGCCUCUGGAGGAGGACGAGGAGGGCGAGGAACUGCGCACGCGGAGUGCCACUGCGGCCUUGGAUCAGAAGCGGCUGAAACGGGAGCUGCAGGAAGGCGUGAGCAAGUUCAACUUGAAGCCAAAGCGCGGCCUGGAGCACCUGAAAAGAGCCGGGCUCGUCGAGAACGAAGACCCAGGCUCGCUGGCCAAGCUCUUCCGGAACACGGAGAUCGGCUUGGACAAGACGACGAUAGGUGACUACCUUGGCGAGGACAAGGCCUUCAACAAGAGGGUCCUGGAUGCGCUGCUCGAGAGCUUCGACUUCGCGAAGCAAGAGUUCGACGAGGCCCUCCGUGCCUUCCUGGCUGUCUUCAGGCUGCCCGGCGAGGGUCAGAAGAUCGACCGGUUGAUGCAGCACUUCGCCGCGAAGUACUGCAAAGAUAAUCCCGGGAGGUUUUCCGAUGAGGAUUGUGUCUACGUGCUGGCUUAUUCAGUCAUGAUGUUGCAGACGUCUCUUCAUAAACCAUCCAUCAAGGAGAAGGACCGGAUGACGAAGGCUCAGUUCAUCAGCAACAAUCGCGGCAUUGACGGCGGCAAAGACCUGCCACAGGAAUACCUGGAAGCCUUGUACGACAUCGUCUUGAAAAGCCCUUUCUCCCUUCAAGAAGACGAGGACGCCAGGGUGCGUGCCGAGUCUCAAGCGGCGCGGAGUGCGGCACAGAAGGGCGAGCUCUUCUUACGCGAGGCUUGGAAGCUGGUGGCCAAGGCCGAGGAGACGAUGGCAUCGGAAGGUGAGGUGCGGUCCUUGAGCCUGCGGAGCGCCGACGUCCGGUCGCUGGCGCGGACGUUGUUCGAGGCCGCUUGCUGGCCGAUGCUCGCCUCGCUUUCCGUCGUCCUGGAAACGCAAGAAGAGCCCGAGUGCAUUGAGCUUUGUAUUACCGGUUUCCAACAGUGCAUCCGCGCAGCCGCGCGCAUGCAGAUGGAUGUGGAGCGAGAUGCCAUCGUGUCCUCGCUGGCCAAGUUCACUUACCUGACCACUCUUAAAACUGUGAGAGAGAGAGAGAGAGAGAGACUGAGAGAGAGCUUAGCUAUAGCGCUGGCUCUGGCGGUCCAGCGCUAUCCUCUUCGAGAGGCUCUCAGCCUCCGCCCCUCUCUCUCUGCUUCGGGUCUUGUACUGUGGUGGUGUUGGGCACAGGACUUCCAGUUCUUUGCGAAAGAGGCGAAGAGCGGGUCCACCAACGGCAGCUUCGGCACCGGCACGCCUCAGGCGAGCCUCCGGCACCGCUCCUACGGCACAGGUUUCUCGGCCGUGAUGACGGUGAGCUUGGAGGAGUCGCGCCUGGAUUUGCUGAACGCCGAGUCCGUGAUGGCGCAGAUCGACGCGGCGCAGAUCGACCUCCUCUUCGACAGGUCCGCGGGGUUGGAGCUGAAGGCGGUGCUGCACUUCCUGAGCCAGCUCAUCCAGGCCGGGCCCAGCGAGCUGGCCUGUGAAGAGAUGCCGCGCAUUUUUUCGCUGCAGAAGUUGGUCGAGGUUGCCAUUGGUAACUUGAUGCGCCCGCCGGAGGUUUGGUCGGAAAUUUGGCGAACUGUCAGCCGGCAUCUGGCCGACGUUGCAAGCCACCACAAUGUCAGUAUAGGUCUCUAUGCCAUCAACUGCUUAAAGCAGCUGGCGAUGAAAUUUUUGGAACGUGAGGAAGUGCAUCAGCAGGAAGCCUUUGGGCAAGUCCUGCUGGAGCCUUUCGAGAAGUUAAUGAAAUCCAAGAGUGCCAGUCCCGACGUGAAGGGGCUCGUCGUCUCGAGUGUCGACUUCAUGGUGGAGCACCGGAGCAGCUCCAUCAAAGCGGGCUGGGCGCAGGUCUUCCAGAUCCUGCAGCUGGCGGCCUCGGAGCCCAAGUCCAACAAGGAAGUCUUAGACGCCGCCUUUGCCAUCAUGAAGAUCGCCGUGGCUUCAAGGUGCCACCUGGACAAGAGGAACUUUGCCAAGAGCGUGCAUGCCCUGCUGGCUUUCGGCCACUGUCGGUUCGCUGCCAUCAGCUUCCAAGCCCUGGGGAUGUUGAGGCAGAUGGCCGAUGACCUUCAAUCGGGAAGUGGGACGCAGACCGCCGAGACGGAGGACUGGCUGUUGUUGCUGAACGGAAUGACGUCCAUGAUCGGCGACCUGCGGCAAGAAGUUUCAGUUCGAGCCACGGUCACCGCUUUCCAAUGCCUGCGCGACGUGGGUGCCAAGAGCUUCGACGCCGCGACCUGGUCCAAGGUCAUCGAGAGCGUCGUCGAGCCUGUGUGCGAGAAGGUGACCGGCCAGCUCCAGCAAGGCGACUCGAAGAUGGCGACGGCGGUGGCAGAGUUCAUUCUGCCAGACCUCGAGGAGCUGCCCACGAAGACGCUGCUGAGGUACUUGCCGCAGAUUUUCCCGGUGCUGGCCCGCCUGGUGACGGUGCCGUCUCCGGAG